AUGUUUGGUCUCCACCCCCUUACAUCUACCUACCCCGGCGCCUCCUUCCACCCCAAUGGCAACCUCAACGGCCCACACCUUGCUAUGCAAUCCGGCGGGCCCUCUCAAGGCUACUGGGGCUUCGUGCCAUGGGAAGUACCCGAGAUGCCGCAAUGGGACUUGCCGCCUGCCAUCAAGGCUAUGCAGGAGGGGCGUGGGUCGGGGAUGUAUGGUAUUACGCCGGAAGGCGGUGGACAGGGGCAGCCGUUCAAUUAUGGAUGGCCGCGGUAUGGGCCUAUGCCCUUGCGACCUCAACUGGGAGGGUUUGUCGGCAAGUGCAACCCUUACGGCCGAAGUUGGCCUCAUGGCUACUACAAGACGACCUACUAG